GAAGAUUGGGUGUAGUCCCUUAGGCGGCUCCCACCUAGAAAGCCACAGACAACCCUGCUAGGUCUCUCUCAGGGUGUGAUGAAAAGAACCUAGAAGGAGGCGUCAAGCAACGUCACUAAGUGGAUGCUGAGACCAAGGAGCAGUUGCCAGGCAACAGCCGAGCACAGACGCCUGAAGGGACGCAGAAGCCUCAUAACUUGAUAGAGGGACCCGCCAAGAAGGAGCAGUGAGCGAUGGAGCCCAGUGGCGUAAAGGAGAAGGAGAUAAAGGUGGAAAAGGCGGGAGAAGAAGAGGGAAAAGAGGAAGAGGAGGAGGAGGAAAUUACUGCUGAAACCCUGCGGUGCAAACCCCGACCUCUGCCCAUUUCAGCGCUACCAGCUUUCAGCUACAUCCCACCAAGGCACCAGGGCCCCAAGGAGCGCAGCUACUUCGGUCGCGAGGGCCAGACAGGGAUCGUCUCCCUCUAUGACUGUCUUUUUAAGAGGAGACUAGAUUAUAACCAGAAAUUACACCGAGAUGACAGAGAACAUGCAAAGAGCCUGGGGCUUCAUUUUAAUGAGGAGGAACAAGAAAGGGUUGUGCCCGUGCUGAUGUCCUCUGUCUAUGGGAAACGCAUCAAUCAGCCCAUUGAGCCCCUAAACAGAGACUAUGGCCGUGUGAACCACGUGCAGAUCGACUUCUACAGGAAGAAUGAGAUCCCCAGCAUCAAGGAGCCCGGCUUUGGGCACAUCACUCCAGCAUGAAGUAGUUGUGUGGUUUAUAGGGCACUCUGAGGUACCCUAUCAGCCAGUGAGGUAGUAUACGAACCCAUUUUCCUGUUCAUGCAACCUGUAGCUGUAAGAAUGUUCUUUGACCUCAGGAGGAUAAGCACACGCAUAUCUAAGGCGGUCCUGGUGUUGAAAGCUUUAGUGUAAGGAUUCUCGCUGUCAUUAUUUAAAAUGACACUGACUGAUUCAUUCUGAGACCCUGAAUAAAAGAAAAGCUUGCCUCCUGUUGGCCGC